AUGGGGAAACAAGACGAGGUGUCGUUGUUGCACCCAAAGGUGCUCUUCAUGUCUGCAGGCGCCACGGCCACCGCAGCUCUCUCGUACAGAUUCUACUCUCGCUACGUUCGCCGAGUAAGAAGCUAUCUUGACUUGAGCCAUAACAUUCUCGAGGGAAAACGCAAGUUGUACGGAAAAGUGACAAGAGUGGGGGAUGGAGACAACUUCAAGUUUUACCAUACACCAGGAGGAGUUUUGCUAGGUUGGGGGUGGCUCCGCAAGAUCCCGACUAAACCUCUGGUGUUGAAAAAUGAAACCCUAAUGAUAAGGCUCUGUGGAGUCGAUGCUCCAGAAAACGCUCAUUUUGGAAAACCUGCUCAGCCUUACUCCAAGGAGGCGCUAGAAUGGCUUAAAGAUUUCUUGCUUGGCCGUAGCGUCACCAUCACUCCAUACUCUAUAGAUCAGUACAAGCGUGUUGUUGCUAGAGCCCAGGUGUGGAAGUGGACCGGAAGGAAAGACGUCAGUGCCGAGAUGCUUCGACAGGGUCUUGGUUUGGUCUACGAAGCCAAGUAUGGGGCCGAGUUUGGUGACAACGAAGCUUGGUAUAGAAAACUAGAGGCCAAGGCGAAAAGAAAGAAGAAAGGUCUAUGGUCGUUGGGGAGAAAGCUUGUCACUCCUGGCGAGUUCAAGCGUAAUUAG